AUGUCGGAAGCAUCAGCGGAAGGGGCGGGGGAAGCGGCGGGGGAAGCCGCCGCUAGUGAGGCAUCGGCGGAAGCGGUGGGGGAGGAAGUCGCAGCGGAUGCUGUAGCGCACGCAGGGUACCAUGGCGCCCGGCGCGGCCGCAUUAGACGCCGUGAUUCGCGCAUCAAGUCAGCCACGGAAGUCAGGGGAGCCGCUUCCGCUCCCGCCGCAGCGGCUGCUAACGCUGAGGCGGCCGCGCGUGGGGAAGGGAAUCCCGUGGUGGGGAUUGCGGGGCAAAAUGCUGGCGCGUCCGCGGAAGGCGGGGCGGAAUUUGUGAUGGGAGAAGGCGCAGCGGGGGAAGGAGCGGGCGAAGCGGGGGGGUUGGCGGAAGAGACGUCCAUCGUCCCCGCAGGUCCGCGCCCCGAGCAUUACCCGAAAGUGCUCGCGAUUCCGCUCACACGAAGGCCACUGUUCCCAGGCUUCUACGUCCCCGUUAUAGUCAAGAAUCCCAAGCUGGUGGCGGCGCUUCAGGAGCUCAAGGCGCGAGGGACACCCUACAACCCCAAGCUGGUGGCGGCGCUGCAGGAGCUCAAGGCGCAAGGCACGCCCUACGUGGGCGCAUUCCUUGUCCGGGACGACCACGCUGCCCCUGCUUCUUCUUCUGCCGCUCAUCCUUCACCUAGUGCAGCCGGAACAGCAGGAGCAGAGGGAGCAGAUGGGGCAAAAGGAGCAGCCACAAGCAGUAGCAGUGACAGGCGAGAGUUGGGCCCAGAGAGGAGUGAUGGCGUUGGCGUUGCUGAAGAGUGGGGCAGGGAGGUAGCUAGUGGAGGGGGAGAAGGGGUGGGGGGAGGGAAGCCGCAUGGGGAGGCGGAUGGAGCAGGUGCAGGGGUGGGAGAGGGGCCCGGGGAGGGGGAAGGUGUUGCGGGUGGGGGUGGAGGGGAGGCGUUUAUUAAGGGAGGGGAGCUUUAUAGCAAGCUGCACGAGACAGGGACGUUCGCUCAGGUGAUGCAGGUGAUCAAGCUGCUUGACGGGGAAUCAGCACAGGUGCUGCUGAUGGGGCACCGGCAUGUGAUGCAGGUGAUCAAGCCACUGGACGGCGACUCAGCGCAGGUGCUGCUGAUGGGGCACCGGCGACUGAGGCUGACAGGCAUGGUGGGGGAGGACCCGCUCACUGUCACCGUGGACCAUAUCAAGGUGGGGAUGGGUGGGGAACGGCUGACAGGCAUGGUGGGGGAGGACCCGCUCACUGUCACCGUGGACCAUAUCAAGGUGGGGAUGGGUGGGGAACGGUUCCCUCAUUUCAUAGACACUCUAGGCCACUCGUAUCGUGGAGGUGAGGCUGACAGGCAUGGUGGGGGAGGACCCGCUCACGGUCACCGUGGACCAUAUCAAGGUGGGGAUGGGUGGGAUGUGGUGAAGGUGGGUGUGGGUGGGAGAGUGACUGGGGUGGCAGUUCUUCUUUUUGUGAUGUGUGGUGUUGGGAAUGGGUGGGAUGUGAUGAAAAUGGGUUCGGGAGAGUGGGAGGAGGAGUGUCAGUGGUGCUUUCUUUCAGUGUACGCCACACACCAGGAUCUGCCGUACGACAGCAACAGUCCGACGAUUAAAGGCACGGUGAUGGAGGUGCUGAGCACGCUCAAGGACCUCGAUCUGCCGUACGACAGCAACAGUUGCGACAAUAGAAGGCACGGUGAUGGAGGUGCUGAGCACGUUCGAGGAUCUCCCCUACGACAGCAACAGCGUGAUGAUAAAGCCACGGUGAUGGAGGUGGAUCUCCCCUACGACAGCAACAGCGUGAUGAUAAAAGCCACGGUGAUGGAGGUGGUGAGCACGCUCAAGGACCUCGUGAGGCACAACCCGCUGUACAAGGAGCACAUGCAAUGCACAACCCACCGCUGUACAAGGAAGGAGCACAUCGCCCUGUUCGUGCAGCACGUGGGCGAGUUCAACGCCUCCAGGAUGGCUGACUUUGGCGCUGCACUCACGACCGCAGAUGAGCCGACACUCCAGUCGGUUCUAGAAGAGCUGGAUGUGGGAAAGCGCCUCUCCCUUGCGCUCAUGCUGCUCAAGAAGGAAUUAGAGCUCGCCAAGCUGCAGGCCAACAUAGCCAAAGGCGUGGAGGAGAAAUUGGCAGGGGAGAGCCGCAGAUACAUGCUCAUGGAACAGCUCAAGGCCAUCAAGAAGGUGCGAGGGGAUCAAAAGAUAAGAUGGGAUCUAGAGCGUGAGGUGAUUGAACAGGAGCUGGGGCUGGAGAAGGAUGACAAGACUGCACUCAUUGGACGCUUCAAGGAGAAGCUUCAGCCGUUUCAGCAGAACUGCCCGCCAGCAGCCAUGCAGGUACCUGCACGACGCUCUAGCAACUUUGAGGCGCCUCAGAAGCAGCCAUGCAGCGAGGAGAACUUGGACGUGGUGCGGGCGCGGCAGGUGCUGGAUGCGGAUCACUACGGGUUGACCGCACCUCCUUGUGUCCCCAUUUUCCCAUGCGCCCGUUUACCUUCUGUCAGCGAGGAAAAUUUAGAUGUGGUGCGGGCGCAGCAGGUGCUGGACGCGGAUCACUACGGGUUGACCGCACGGCGAGGAGAAUCGGACGUGGUGCGGGCGCAGCAGGUGCUGGAUGCAGAUCACUACGGGCUGACGGAUGUGAAAGAACGCAUUUUGGAGUUCAUUGCUGUUGGCAGGCUGAAAGGCAGCACGCACGGCAAGAUCAUCUGUCUCGUGGGCCCACCAGGGGUGGGAAAGACGUCCAUCGGUCGCUCCAUCGCCAACGCCUGGAUCGCAAGUUCUACCGCUUCUCACACGUCCCUUGUCGCUCUUUGUCUCUCUUCUCUUGUUUCCCCUGGUGUGUGGUUGCUCUUAAUCAGGCAAGAUCAUCUGCCUGGUGGGGCCGCCAGGAGUGGGAAAGACGUCCAUUGGUCGCUCCAUCGCCAACGCCUGGAUCGCAAGUUCUACCGCUUCUCUGUGGGAGGGCUGUCUGACGUGGCAGAGAUCAAG